AUGGCUCAGAUCCCGGAAGAGGCCGUGGGCACGGUCGUCGGAGUCCUCAUCUACUCUAGCGUGUGUCUCUUGGGGAGUCUGUCGGUGACUUGGCUUGCAUGGCAGCACGGCGAACGGAUAAGCUAUGUGAACUGCUUGGGAUACUUCACGACUCUGAGCACGCUGUGCUCCAUCAUACAGCAGACGCGCCUCGUGCUGUACUGGGAGGAUAUAAUGACGGCUCGGUUCGAGUAUUCGUCGACCAAUGUUGCGAGCCCGGAGGCGGUAAUAUCUAAUGCUGCUAUUGGGGAGGACCUGGUGCUGUACUACAUCCAGUACUACUGCUACAACGUCCUUGCGCUUUUCGAGUUGUUUUGGGCGUUUGCGCUUGCGCAAUCGGUCUACGGCUUGAACGAGAAGCCGAAGCUGAAGCGGCCUCUCAAGAUCAUCAACCGGAGCGGCAAGGUGUUCUCGGUUGUGUUCCCUCUCAUCACGACAACGUGUCUUCAGGCGCCCGCAGUCCAGAAAGACUUUGGUGGGUUUUUGUUGCUCGCUGGACAGCCGUUGCUAUGGAGCAUCGGCUUCGGAAGUGUGGCAACACUAUCGAUUCUGAUCCGGUAUGUGCAGUCCCGGCGCAGACUUCAAAAGUUGAACGUCGGCUACGGCCAACCCUCGUCCACGAGGAAGUCAAACGGCAAGAGCCCGCGCAAGACGAGCAUCUACGAUAGAUGGCUCAUGACCCGAUUCAUGAUCUCAUUCGUGAUACUCACCAUGUUCGAAGUUACCAUUAUGCUCUUCUCAAUGAGCGCGAGGAAGAACAUCGCCGUCGACGUCCAGAGAACCACGGCAGACCUGUCCGCCAAGCGAGCGAUACAGGACUUCCUGCUUUUCAUGCCGGGAGUCACGGCGUCUCUCCUCGUGUUUCUGGUGUUCGGAACCACCCGGCCGUUCCUCGAGUACAUGCGCAAGUCCCUCUGCGGUAUCUUCUCAUGUCGGCGCAGGAGGAAACCGACCUCGACCGAGGCCCUGCCGCUACGGUCCAUCCGGAGCCAGGACACGGUGGCUGACAGCUGCGGCGUCACGACGCCAGAGAUGUCUUACCAGAGGAGCUUCCGGGGUAUCACGGUAGACAGCCCCGGGGGCAGGAGGACGUAUGAGGUGUGGGUGUAUGGGGGUAGUCCGAACUCGAGAAUCAUGGGAGACGACGACUUCCCGCCGCCCGUGCCCGAGAAGGGAUGA